AUGAGCGCUUUUUCGGAUAUUUUCAAAAAGGCGCAAGAUGCGAUCAGCAAUUUGAGAGGCGGUGCCAACAUUUUCCUUGGCCGUGAUGGAGACAUUCUCUACAGUAAAAAUAACGUUUGUGUGCACGAUAUUUUGGGGGAAACCGAAGUAAAACCAGGGGAAGAAAACGUGAUCCACACUCCCGGUUAUCUCUCGAUUCAAUGUCAAUCGGAUGAGACAAUCGGGGUGACCCUUGUUCUUCAAUGGCUCCCAAAUACAACUUUGCAAAAAAAUCCGGCAAGUAUCCGAAGCGUUUCCCCGAGAAACCAUGAGAGCAAAAAGCGAUCACAAGAGGUUCCAUCGCCGAUAAUCUUAUCAGAAGGAGGAGACACCACACCGAGCACUGAAAUCACCGAUGAGACUACGUCACUCAUCUCUUCACCGGAUCUUCAAGUCGAGAUGACCGGCGAUAUGAUCACCGUCACACAGAUCACUGAACGACCCACCUCUCUACAUAAGAAGAGCAAGCCAAGAGGCAGUCAGCCGAUGCCAAUGGGAGAAUCCGGUGGUUUGGGCAUUCCAUCGAUAAAUCUCAUUCCGAAUACACCCGUUGAUCCAUCGAUUUUCGACGAUGAGAAUUGCUUAGUUGUGCCGACUCCGGAUGUAACGUCUGUUCAAUCUGACGCCACUUCGGUUUCAUCUCAAUCGACUUCUGGAGCCGACGAGCUUUCUGACAAAGAAGAAUGCAGUUCAUCGUGUGACGAUUCAGGAGAUGAUCGAAAAGCAACCGCCGCAGUCCCAGAAAAGCUUCGAGCCGAGUGUUCAGCUCUUUGGUCAGCCACACCGGAACAAUUUGCACUUGAGCACGAUAUGAUUUUGAAAGAUCAAAAGGUUGAACAAGAUGACGGAGCUGUGGCUAUCGCUCGUGGAAGAGCCAUGUUCAACAGUCGAGCCUCUUCUGCUAGUCUCUUUUCGGUUAAUCUAGGAAAGAUGCGAACGAUGCGGUUGUUCUUCUCGAAUCCGGAGAACACUUCAGGGCAGCUUGUCAUCGCCACUCACGAUUCGCACUACAAAAUUCUCCACUUUCAUCAUGGAGGGCUCGACAAAUUGGCGCAAUUGUUCGAGCAGUGGUCAGCCAUCAAAGCAAAAUCAGUGAAAGAGGGCAGUCCAUCUCCAGCUCCAGAUCGCCACUUGUUGAUCUGCCAGCCGGCGGUAAAGAAAAACGAGUUGGAUCCCGAGGAUGGACUUUUUGAGAGGUUGACUUGGGACUAUUGGAAGACCUACAAAAACCGGGAUGGAUCGAUUAAUGACAGCAACACUGUUCGGAAAGCGAUCUACUUCACCUCAAUGGAGCCAAGUCUCCGUCGAGAGAUUUGGCCAUUUCUUUUGCGCGUCUAUCCCUGGGAAUCAACUUUAGAACAAAGAGAAACGAUCAGAAACGAUCUCUUCCUAGAAUAUCAAAAUAUCAAACGGAAGAGACUUAAAAAGUCGAGUGGAAAGCACUGGGAAUUCCUAGAGAACACCGUGGUGAAAGAUGUGGUGAGAACGGAUCGAAAAAAUCCAUUUUAUGCAGGAGAAGGCAAUCCAAACAUCGAUAUUAUGAGAGACAUUUUGCUAAACUAUGCUGCUAUGUACCCAGAUGUUAGCUAUAUUCAAGGGAUGUCGGAUCUGUUGGCUCCACUCUUGAGCACAUUGAGAGACGAGUCCGAGGUCUAUUGGUGCUUUGUGGGUCUAAUGCAGCAGACGCUUUUCGUUUCGAACUCAAACGAGAGCCUCAUGGAGCAAAACUUGGAAUACCUCCGCGAGUUGAUCAAGCUCCUUGUCCCUGAAACAUUUUCAUAUCUCUGGCAACUUGGCGGUGACUCGCUUCAAUUCAUGUUUGUUCAUCGCUGGAUCUUGUUGUUUUUCAAGAGAGAAUUCGCUGAGUCGGACGCAUUGCAUAUCUGGGAGGCGUGCUGGGCACGUUACCGCACUCAAUACUUUCACCUUUUCGUUUGUGUUUCCAUCGUUUCUAUUUACGGGCCUGACGUGAUUAGCCAAAAACUUCCCUAUGAUGAGAUUUUGCUUUAUUUCUCCUCUCUAGCAAUGCACAUGGAUGCUAGAGUUGUCUUGAAAAAGGCCAGAGGUCUCUUGCAUCAAUUCGUUCACCGUGAGAAGAUCCCAUGCACUUUGGCAGGAGUCGUCGAAACGAGCGGUUUCACCCAAUGGGACUCUCAUCGACAGCCACAAGCCUACGAAUGUGUUAAGAAUCACGGCGAAAACGAGCCGUGUCCUUUCGCU